CACCUCCUGAGUCAGGCUGCUGUCCUCUAGCCAGGGUGUGGCUCUGGGCUGUAAUGGCUGCUUCUCCUCCUUGGAAGGUGUGAAAAAUUCUCUAGUAACCAAUGAUAUGACUUUUAAGAAAGUGAAGGCGCCCUGGGAUCAAAAACAUGAGAUCCACCAGAUGAGGCUGAAAAGAGAAGUCCUGGACACUGAGGACCAGGCAGCCUUCCGUCUUCAUGAUGACUUUCCCAGACACAUCUAUUUUGCAGCAAAUAGCAUAAAUAGGUGGGGGCAUGAACGUGGCUAUCGGAUCCAGAUAUACAGCUUCUCUGGGGACCACCUACCAGAGUCGGAUCCUAUGGAACGAGCCAUCAGUUGGGGCCGGUACAAGCUGGCUGUCACCAAGAGGAAAGAGGAGGAGCCGACUAGCACCUCUGUCUAUAACCAGAAUGACCCCUGGACGCCAACGGUUGCCUUUGCUGAUUUCAUAAACAAUGAGCCCAUUUGCAAUGAGGACCUGGUUGCCUGGAUCACUGCUGGCUUCCUGCACAUUCCACAUUCUGAGGACAUCCCCAACACACCAACCGUUGGGAAUGCAGUUGGCUUUAUGUUGAGACCCUACAACUUUUUUGAUGACGACCCUUCCAUGUAUUCUCCUGAUGGUGUUUUCUUCACCAGCAAGCAGGAUCCCACGUCCUGUGAUGUCAACCAUCUUGCCUGCCUGUCAAAAGCAGCUGCCUGCAUGCCGAACUUGCCACCUUUCAGUUAUGAGGGCUUCCAAAACCUGACAAGGCUGUGAAUCCCUCUGGACCUUAGUUGGGAGGUGGUGCUCCGGAGACUGGUGGCGAAGAAGCAACUCAGCAUGAGUGAGAUCAGUGUGUAACAAGGGCCAUUAGUGCUGAGCUCUGUCCAUCCAGUAUCUUCUAAACACAAACACAAACAUGAACCCAUGCAUGCUUGUGCUGUAUAUAUUUAUAUGUUGUACUUGCAGAAUUGUCAUCUCUCUGGGCUCAGAUGUGCCAGGCAGAUUGUGUGUGGUCUAUUUCUGCCAAAUGCUCAAAUUUUUCUUCCGACAAUAUUAACAGGAGUAUCCACACUGUGUAGAUAAAUUAGCUGAAUUAAAAUUAUUUCUUUCCCAGAAACUCUGUGGACUAUAAUUCUAUGAGAUGAGAUAAGCAUCUCCAGCAAAGACUUGGCACUCUCGCCAAACGAGGAUUCUUUAAGAAGCCAAGACAAUUCAGGCCAAACCACACAAUACGCCCAACAUGUGACAGCUCAUGGGUGUGCAACUGGACAAGCAGACAGAUGUGCAUUGGGGGAGCGCUCCUUAAAAAGUGCUUGUUUGGUGCUGCAAGAUGGGAGAAGGAAAUUCUAAUUUCCCUCCCUCUCCCAUUUUGCCAGCAGAAAGGGUGGGGAGGGGGGCAUCUUCCCCUUUCCUCUGGCUCCACAUGUUGGGCAUAUCAUAUAGUUACACCCUUAAAGUGGAGCAAAUCCAGUAGGACCCUGUAGGGUAGAUACUUGUAAUCAGAUCCUUGCUAAUGACCUGGGAGUUCAAAAGCUGAAGACAGGCAUGAUCUUUAAAGAAAAGUCACAGAGUGUUCUUCCCCUGUGGUGUGGACUCCCUCUUCCUCCCAUACUGGAGUUUGAAAAGCAUGGGCAGGGCACACUCUCUCAAGGAAGCUGGUGGGUGUGAGCAGCUAGGCUUGUCAUACCCCUUCCCCUCUGCUUCAGAUGUGGGCUGCUCAUCU